CUCCGGUUUUCACUUUCGCAAAAAUAUUUCCAAAUUACUUUUGAAAACAGAAAGUUAGACGCUGCUAGCCGAAAUGAAAAGUAAACGGCUUUUUAUACAACAAAACAAAUUUUAAUUGCAUAAUGAAAAUAGAUGACUUUUUGAUGCAUUGAAAUGAAUUUGACACUAUUACCAGUGCAAUUGAGCUAUCGAUAAGUCUCUGUUAAAUGUAACCAACCACACUUUUGCGAAUGUCGGAGCAGCCUUAUAUGACUUUUGGCUGAAAACGCAAAAGUGUUAACAUAACAGAGAAUGCAAGCAAUGUUGCUGUUAUCGAGACUCUGCCAUCCCUAUUGCAUUUUGUUUAUAAUAUUCAGCCGAUGAAGAAUGCCGACAAAUUUCAAUAUUGGCCUGCUGGGGCACGUGGACAGCGGGAAGACCACUUUGGCCCGAGCUCUGAGCUCCAUCUCGAGCACAGCGGCCUUCGACAAGAAUCCCCAGUCGGUAGAGCGAGGGAUUACCUUGGACUUGGGCUUUAGCGGACUGCUCGUGGAGGUGCCGCCAACUCUGUCGCAAGCGGCGGAUAAGCUGCAGUUCACCUUUGUCGACUGCCCCGGCCAUGCGAGUCUCAUACGCACCAUCAUAGGAGGUGCUCAGAUCAUCGAUCUAAUGCUGCUAGUGGUGGACGCCCAGAAGGGGAUUCAGACGCAGACAGCCGAGUGCCUGGUCAUAGGGGAGCUGCUGCAAAAGAAGUUAAUUGUGGUCAUCAACAAAAUCGACGCCUUUUCAGACGAACAGAGGGAGGCCAAGCUAGAGAAGCUGCGCUCGCGCCUGGCCAAGACUCUGGCGGCCACAAGUUUCGGCAGCGAAGUUCCCAUGUAUGCAGUAUCUGCCCUGGAGGGAACCAACAUUCCCGAGCUGCGUGCUAGCCUGAGCGAGGCAUAUUUUCAACCGCAGCGGAAUGCGAGUGCUCCCCUCCUGAUGUACGUGGAUCACUGCUUUGGCAUCAAGGGCCAAGGCACAGUCUGCACCGGCACACUGAUCCAGGGCAGCGUACAGGUCAACGAUACAGUGGAGCUGCCGGCUCUGGGCGAGAAGCGGAAGGUGAAGUCCAUGCAGAUGUUCCGAGAGAACGUGACCAGCGCGUCCAUGGGUGAUCGCAUCGGCCUCUGUAUCACUCAGUUCAAUGCCAAGUUGCUGGAGCGCGGUGUAAUAGCCCAGCCGGGCUACCUGAAGCCUGUGUUGGCCGUCUGCCUGCAGCUGAGGUCGAUCCGCUACUACAAGAACGCCAUCAAGUCAAAAAGCAAGUUCCACAUUAGCGUCGGCCAUGAGACCGUAAUGGCCAAUGUAACCCUGUUCGAAGACAAGGAAGCCCAAUCGACUGAAUUCGACCUCAGCAGAGAGUACGAGUAUGCGGAGGAGCUGCUGCCAGCGGAAAUGCCGGCGACAGGUGUGGUGUUUGCUUUCUUGCAGUUCGAGAGCCCCGUCCUGACCACUUUGGGCACGACUUUGAUUGCCUCCAAGCUGGACAUGGACGCCCAUAGCAACAGCUGCCGUCUGGCCUUCUGGGGACAGAUUUCCUGGCAGACGCAAAACACCAACUACGUCCAAGACGUCCUGCCCAAGCUGUGCGUCUUCAAGCGGAAGCAGAAAGUGGCGAGCAUCCAGCGGGUGGUCAGCGCGAACGAGGUGAUUGUCCAGAACCUCUUCAAGAAGGAGACCAACCGAGACAUGUACGUGGGCAUGUGGAUCGAGCUGUCCACCGGAGAGAGGGGUUGCAUAGAGCGCACCUUCGGACAGAGCUCCAAGGUCUGCAUUGUGUUCCGAGAACCUCUUUCCGAAUCGACGAUUGCGAAGGUCAGGGAUGUGCAGGUGCUGUUGAGUUGCAAGAAGUACAUUUUCAAUAAACAGGCGGGUCUGUUUCAAUGAUA